AUGUAUUCAGAUGAAAUACUUGCUGAUAAACAUUUAAUUCUAGAAGGCAUAAUAAAGGAUUACUAACCAUAGAAAGUAAAUGAGUAUUAACAAUUCAAUGACAUAGAAGAAUUAUUGAAAGGAACACCAAAUAUGGAAGUGGUAUAAUAAUGGAAUCAAUCUAAAAUUUCAAUUUAACCAGAAACUCAAAUUGACAAUUAAUAUACCAAUGAAGAAAUAGAUAAAUUGUUACAUUAAAUCACAUUGGGAGAGUAUCCUACUAGCAAUAGAGAAAGUAUUAAACAAACUGAUCAAAAUAAACACAUUCCAUACAUCUUAGAUUACGUGGAUUAAUUAGAAAAAGAACCAUAUUAAGUUAUCCAAAAAUAAAAUGAUGAUUCUGAUUUAAUAUAACAUUAUGAGAAUCAAAAAUAGGCUAAUAAUACCUUUCAAGAAGUUAAAAUGGAUCGUAAACUUAAAGAUCUUUAUUCAUCAAUCUUUUAAAAUGACUUUAGAAUUAAAUGUAUUACUUGCUUUGGCACUACUAUUGCUAUUGGGACUACAAAAGGAUUCAUUUAUUUAAUCAGUGAUAAAAUUGUUAAAUUAGAAUCAGAUCCUAGUAUUACAGCUUGUCCUAUAAUAUGUUUAAGAUUUAAUGAAGAUGGAUAAUUUCUAUUGGCAAUUUCGCAAUAGUAAAUUCUAUUAUACAAUAAGAAUAAAUUUUGUAAAGCAUUUUAAAAAAUGACAGAAGGUAUACCACUUACAAUGACUAUGUUAAUUGGAAAUAAGGAUUUUAUUUGUUAAUUCUUAGUAUGUGAUUCUUUAGGGAAAGUGGGUUUGAUGAAAAUUAGAAAGAAUUUAUUUACUUAUGGUAUAGAAAGGAAUCCUUUAUUUCAUGAAAAUGCUUUUGGAGUAUGUCAUUGUUGUGAAUCUAUUAAAAUUAAAGAUAUGUAAAUUGUUGUAUUUGUGUAUAAAGCUAUUGUAUUUGUUGCAAUUGUAGAACCUAAAAUAUUUUUAAUUUUCAAAAAAUCAUAUGAAGUAAAAAAACGAUAACUUUUAUGUGUAAAAUGGUAGAUUGAAAGUGAAAAUCCUGUUUUAGCAGUUAGUAAUGGAAAAGUAAUAGAAAUUAUAAAAAUGCAUUAUGAAAAUUAAGAUGGAAAAUUUAAAGCUAAUUUUGAAGUAGUUCUUACUUAUACAUUAAAUGAUGAUGUUUAAUUCUUAUCAUGGAUGAGUGAUAAUAUUUUAUUCUUAAAAAAUGAUAGAAAGAAAUAUUCUUUGAUUGCUAUAUCUGAGAUUAUAGAAAAUAAUGUAUUAGUAGUCUAAUCACAAUUAUCAUAAGAUGUAGCUGAUUAAUAAAUAGGUGAAGAUAAAAUUUAAUCUUUUUAAAAUACUAUAUGUUAAAAUCAUAAUUAAUUAUAUUAUAUUCAAAUAGAUGAAAAUGGACAUUAAUAAUAAAAUAUUAUUCAUUAUUAAUUAAUAACUUGGUAAGAUUAUAUUGAAUAAUUGACAUCUAAUCAUAAAUGGACAGAAUGUAUGGGAUUAUGUUUAUAUUUAUAUUUGGGUAAAUAAUUAAAAUUUGCUGGUUUACCAAGAACAGGUAGAUAAGAAUUUUUAAGACCUUAUUUUAAUGAAAGACUCAAAUAAUUUGUUGAAAUUAGUAUUUCUCAUCAAACUAUUGGUGUUCUUAUUCCAACAGUUAUUGAAUUUAUGGUUACAAUAGAAUCUUAUGAAUAUUUAUUUAGAGAAAUUAAAGGAAUUCUUUAAAAACAUAAUUUAGAAUUACAAUUUUAUAAUAAUUUAGAACCAUUUAUAUUAAAGAAUGCAAUCAAAUUUAUUCCUGAUGAUUCUCUUAAAGAUAUAAUGAUUUAUUUGAUCAAUUAGAAGAGCAAAUUAAAUAUUUUAAAAUAAUUAAUUAUAAAUUUAGAUAUAAAAUUAUUAGAUCCUAUAAUAAUCUAAUAAUUAUGUAUAGAAAAUAAUUUAUUUACUCUAUUAAUUUAUAUUUCACCUAGAGUUGAUGAAGAUUAUAAAACUCCUCUAUUCAAAAUGUAUGCAGUUUAUAGAUAACUUAUUAAAGGAGAUUAAAUGUCUUUAGAAAGAUAUUUCAAAUCAAUAUAAAUGGAAAUGACAAACAAUCAAUAAAUGAUAGAUAAAGAAAUCUAAUUGUUAGGUUAUAAAUGUUUAUGGAAUCUUCAUAUGUUAUUAAUUGGUGAAUUAUUUCCUUAAUAGAAAAUACCAGAAACAUAAUGGGCUUCUAUAAUAGCAGAAAUAUUAUCUUGGUUAUUAUAAUAUGAUACAUUGGAAGAAUUUCUAAAAAUUGAUUCAGCUAUUUUUUUAAAUGAAUUAUUAAUAAUAUUUACAAAUCGUGAGAAAUAUGAAUAACUUUAAUAACAUAAAAUUACAAUAGCAAAUGAAUAAUUAUAAGUAGAUGAUUUAAGUUUAUCUGAAAUUGUUAUUUUAUUAUUAGAAGCUUCAUCAAAAAAAUUAACAAUAUUAGAUUAAUUAAGUACAUUUGUUUAUGAAAUUAUGAAAUUAGGAUACACAAUUAAAUAUGAACAUUUUAUAAAUGUUGUUAAAUGUCAUUUUAAGGAUCCAUAUACUAAUUUAUAAACAUUAGUUGAAAAAAGUAAUCAAAGAUUUCAAAAUCUAGAAUACUUCAAAUAACCAGAUUUUAAUAUAUAAUAUAAAAAUAUUAGAGAUUCUGUAUUUGUUGAUUAUAUUAAUCAAUUUAAAGAUAAAUUAAUAAAUGAUUAAGAUGCAUUAUCUACAAUAAUUCAAGAAGCUUCUUGUUCUGAAAUUUAAUCUAUAAGAGUUAAAUCUUAGAUAUAUUUUAUAAAAGAUUAAUGGUAAUUUUGUUUAUAAAGUUUAUUAACUUCAAAUCAUGAAGAUGACAAAGUAAUUAUAUUAGAAUUUAUAUAAGAUUUUUAUAUUUGAUUAUAUUGAAUAAAUGAUAAAUGUGAGUUAGUAUUCUUAAAUAAGAGAUGAAAUAUUAAAAUAUGUAUUAAGUAUAGUUCCAUAAUUGGUAAGAGUACAUUUUAACUUUAUUUUAGGUAAGUAUUUGUGCAGAAAAAUUAAGAUAAAUCCUUUAAUAUUAUAAUGAAGAGGAUUAUAAAGCAGCUAUAGAAAUGUUAGAUACUCAUCCAAAUUUAAAAUUGAAAUUACUUUCAGAGAUUAUUUAAGAAAAAAGAAAUAAUAAAUAUUUGGUAGAAGAUAAAUUAAUGAUUUCCUUCUUUAAAUUAAUAUGUUAAUAUCAUCCAAAAGAUGCAUAUGAAUAAUUAUAAUAUGGAGAUUUUCCUUAAGAUGAAUGUUUAAGAUUAUGUGAAGAAUUCUAAAUAAUGAAAGGAGUGGCAUUUUUAAAAGAAAGAAGUGGUCGUUAUAUGGAAGCAUUGAAUUUGUAUUUUGAUGUAAUUUUAUAAAUUGAUCAUUUUUAUAGAUUAUUAGUAUUGAAUUAAAAAAGAUGUAAGUAAUUGAAUAUGAUUAAUAAAGUUAGAUAGAACAAAUCUAAAUAUUAAUUUUACCUUGUUUAAAAAUUUGUAGAGAUAAUCAUUCUAAUGAAGAAGAAAGUACUAGUUAUUGGUUUACUCUUGUUAUUAGAAUGGUUUAAUUGAGAGAGGAUUUCAAAUAUAACAAGAAUAUUUUUAAAUCUUUAAAUAAUGUAUAUUAAGUAAUGUUGGAAGAAUUAUUAGAAAGGGUUCAUCUUUAUUAAAUAAUUAUGAAUAUUAAAAUAUUAUUUGGAUCAUUUACUCAUUUAGAAGAGUUGAGGAGAACAUUUAGUAAAUUAUUGUCAUCUUGUUCAUUUGAACUUUAUAAUCAAUAAUAAUUAAUUAAAGUAUUAUAAUUGGAUUAUAUGAAAAAUCUAAUGAGUUUAUUUGAAUUGUAAUAAAUUGGAGUCAAUUUCAGUCCUUCUUGUUAGACUUGUUUUGAAAUUCGAAAUUAAUAUAUGUUAGCAUUUAUGGGAUGCAGUCAUUUAUAUCAUCAUGGUUGUGCACCUAAAAUUCAUAAUAUGAUAGUUUGUGAAUAAUGUUUAAAUUUAAAUACUUAUAAAUGUAAAUAUUUUAAAUAGAAUAGUGAGAAUAUAAUUAGAUUCAGUAGUAUAAAAAAAUGGAAGAUAAAUGCCAACUAUUAAAAUGAAAAAUUAGGAAUAGAUAGAGGAUGAGGAAAUGACAAAAGAAGAAAUUCGCAUCAAUAGGAUUAAUAAAUGGAAAAGACAUGAUAUUGAAAAUGAAAUUAGCGAAUUAUAAUAUUACUGA